AUGGGAUUUAGGGAGAUUAUAAGACAGCAUUAUUCGUACGGAUUAACUUCCCAUAUAAAACCGCGCUGCCAUGUCACACAACUCUCAAAAUCCUCACUCCACGGGAAGAGCAGAAGCUGGAAGAAUGGAAAACCUGAGCAUGAAUCGAGCGAGCUCUCCGCAGUCAAGACCAAGAAAAAGAAACUCGGGUUUCAAGAUGCCAGACGAACUGACCCCACGAUAACUAACCAACUUCCUGGACAAGGUCCCCACGUACGAGCUCUCAAAACGAGUUACAAAUGCGCUGAAACCAAAAAAGACACAACAACUCCCAACAACAUCUGGGAAUUUCCUGCGAUUUUAGAGGUGGAAUGGACGAUGAUGAUGACAUGUACCCUUCGUAAGCACUAA